AUGGAUGCAACUAAGGAUAUGAUAGCUCUUCGAGAAGAAAUGCAACAAAUUCAAAUGUGGCAACAUGGGAAUUCAACGUCGAACGAUAAAGUGUCACGCGAAAGGACAACUAAUGACGAAGACGGUCAGUUCACUGAAGUGGAGUUGUCAACCGAUAUUGGUGUCCACUAUCGAAUACCCAGAAAAAUUCUGAAUGAUUUACACACAUCGGUUAAUGAGCUACGUUAUGAUUUAAACAAUUUGGAUAGCAGACUGAGUAAACGUACAGAUCGUUUGAAUAUAGGCUAUCAGUGUUUCAUGCAUCUUGCUGAGUUCGCUGAGUUACGCGGUUGGUUACAAGAAUGUGAAGAUCUACUGCUGUUAGAAUCCAGAGCUAGUCGAGAUACAACAACAGCGAAAACUGAGUUGAAAAAGCAUGCCAACAUUGAAUUCCGAGUGAAUAAUUUACUGGCGAAUUGUGCUCGAGAAUUCAGUGAAUGUUUUGCAAGGUUUGUAGAAGGAGAACUACGCUCACUGGAUCCUAUUUCAUUAUCACCUGAAUUCACCGUGAAUAUAACUGAUCAGUUUGUACACUCACCAGGUUUUGCUGUUGAACGCAUUGCAAGAGUAAUGAAUAUGUGCCGAUGUUUGAUAUGUACAAAACAUUCGGAUUCACCACGUAUUGCAUUUUGGCAAGACAUUCUACUAGAAACGUGGGCUGAUUUACGUGAAUUAAUUCAUUCCAGAGUGAAGUUGCUAGUCUCUACUGCUCAUCGAUUUAUAUUCAUCACUCGCUGUUCAGAAACUCUUAAACUGGUUCAGGAGAAAUUCGACCAAUUAUCACAGUCAACUGGCAAGGAUGUUCAAGUCAUUUGCAAACAAUUGUCACUGUUGUCUGCAUUCGAACAGGACGUACAAGCCCUGCAACCAUUGGUGAAAUGGGUAGAAAAUGCAGCUGACUGCCUUCUUCCCCUAUAUUCUGGACAAUGGAUUAAACGAUUGAGGCAACCACGUGAUAAUCUCCUUUCUCUUUGGUGUCAACUUAGGCAAAGAACUAAGCUACGUCGAAUAAGAUUGAAACGUGCCAUCGCUUUAUAUCGUUGGAUAUCAAAUUUGGAUAUUCUGUUCAACUGGAUCCAACAUUGUCAAAAGGAAUUAGAGCGUAUUGAAAUGGAUAUAUGGAAUGUGAAUUUGCAAACAAUGAUAAGGAAUACUGAUAACAUGUAA